AUGCCACCAGCAACCACGCUACUUCUGCUGUCCAUCAUCGGAGCUGCAUGUCUAGUUCCGUCAGUGAUUGCUGCAAGCGCAUAUGAUUAUGGAUUCGACACAGGACCUCUCAUCAGGAGACAGGUCAGCGAGAAUGGGAACAACCCACGGAAUCGCAUCGUUGCCAAGGGCGCUCGCCGAUCCAACGACAGUAAAUCGGUGCCACUACGUCGAGAAAUUCGAGAGUUUCAGGAGGAUGGCGACCAAUGGACGCUAUUUAUUCUGGGCCUGAGCCUGAUGCAGUUUGAUGACCAGGACGAGGCAAUUUCCUUUUACCAAAUCGCCGGCAUUCAUGGUGUGCCAUUUGUGGAAUGGAAUGGUGUUCAAGCAACGCCUGGAAACGAGCUGGCAGGCUAUUGCCUCCACGAGAACACGCUGUUUCCCACUUGGCAUCGCCCAUACUUGGCUCUGUACGAGCAAAUUCUUUAUAACCACAUCCAGCAAAUUGCGUCCUGGUACCAAGACGUGUCGACUAGAAAACGAUACCAGCGCGCUGCUGUCAACUUUCGCAUCCCAUACUGGGAUUGGGCAGCGACGCCUCCAGAGGGCGAGAGCCUGCUGCCUUUGGCAGUAAGUGGAAGCCCUGUUGUAGAAGUUGCUGGCCCCAAUGGAGUACAAAACAUCUCGAACCCCUUGUACGCAUAUGAAUUCCGACCCCUUGACGCUUCUGCCUUUUACAUGGCGCCUUGGGACCACUGGGACCGAACCCUUCGAUCACCAAGCAGCCAAGGCUCAGAGGCAACGUCCAACAACACAAAGGUGGGCUUGGCCCUUGACCAGAAUCAUGGCGUGCUUCAGCAGCGCGUGUACACCAUAUUGUCUAGCUAUGACAACUACACCACCUUCAGCAAUGAGGCAUGGUUUCCAAAGGGAGACAGCAGGCACGACUCGAUCGAGUCGGUCCAUGACGCCAUACACAGCAUCGCGGGACUUGGUGGACAUAUGACCUACAUACCCUUCUCAUCAUUCGACCCCAUCUUUUGGUUGCAUCACACGAACCUCGAUCGCCUGUUUACAAUCUGGCAAGUCGUACACCCAGAUGUAUGGAUUGAACCACAACCAGCGAGCAUGGCGUCUUACACAACCUCCGCAGGGGACAUUAUGACUUCCAAGACUCUGUUGGCCCCCUUUUUCGCCGACGUCAACGGUACCUUCUGGACCUCAGACACGGUGAGGGAUCCCGAGGUUUUCCAGUACAACUACAAAGAGACGGCCGGGGCCAGGUUUGCCGGCAAGCCCCAGACAGAGGAUGAAACGGCGGCCCAGAUCCGGGUCAUCUCAACCAUCAACAGACUCUAUGGGCAGUCAAGCCCUGCACGCCUGGCUUAUUCCCCAUCGUCCCUGCACAGAUCAAAGAGCUUCAAGGCGCAUACCACCAACACCUUCACUGACGCAGCAGCGACUGGUGACUCGUCGAGAUCGAUAUUGCAUCGUGGCCGCAGCUACCGUGACUGGACCAUCAAUGUACACGCCGAGAAACAGGAGCUUGAAACCACGUACUUUGUCCACUUCUUCAACGGCUUCCCACCGGCCGCGGCAGAUAGUUGGAUAUCUGCUCCCAAUCUCAUAGGAACACUUAGCAUGUUUGCCUCGCCCAACAGCAUAGGCAUGGUGGCAGGGGCUGGCGCCAAUAAGAUCAACCUUGUCUCUGGCACGAUCCCCCUCACUUCACACCUUGCGGGAAAGGUUGCCGAUGGUGAGCUUGCAAGUUUGGAGGUCGACCAAGUAGAGCCCUACCUGAAGCGUUUAUUGCAGCUGCGGGUAGUGCUUGUUGAUGGGACACCCAUCGAUAGACGUGCCGUGCCGAGUCUUCACAUAUCGCUGGUUAGCUCCGAGGUCAUGGCGCCCGAGACCGAAUUCGAGCUUCCGAAGUGGGGAGACUCGGUUCAUCAUUUUGAAAUUUGCUGA